UGAAGCUGUGAGAGCAGCUUUUUGCAAAUCUGCCGCAGAGAUUCACGUUCACCAGUACACAAGGAUCCGACAACACAAGCUGUCAGAUGACAGGAGACUGAAGAAACUGCUUCCAAUAUCUUAAAGAGAAAAGGAUCUGCAGAAAGACACCAUGUCUCUUGCAGUGAAGGAGAAGACAGAAGUGCGUCUGGCCUUCCUGGGAGGAGCCGCAGUUGGGAAAACAGCCCUCAUCAAACGUUUCCUUCAAGACACUUUUGACACCAAGCAUCGUCGCACAGUGGAGGAGCUCCACAGUAAGGAGUACGAAGUGGGAGGGGUCAAAGUCACCAUCCACAUAAUGGACACCAGCGGCAGCUACUCCUUUCCCGCCAUGCGUAAGCUCUCCAUCCAGCAGAGCGACGCCUUCGCCCUGGUCUACGCAGUGGACGACCCAGAAUCCCUGGAGGCGGUAAAGACGUUACGAGAGGAGAUCCUGGAGGUCAAAGAGGAUAAGUGUCCGCCUAUUGUGGUUGUGGCCAACAAGAGUGACCUUUGCCAUGAGCGCCAAGUGUCCAGCAGUGACAUGGUGUCCACAGUGGAGCGGGACUGGAACCACAGCUACCUGGAGGCUUCGGCUAAAGAGAACACCAAUGUGCUGGAGGUCUUUCGAGAACUCCUCGAGCAGGCAAACCUGCCCAGUCGGCUGAGUCCGGCACUGUGCCGGAGACGGGAAACCUUCCCCAAGAGUAGCACCAACCGACCACCGAUGAACAAAGCCAACAGCUGCCUCAUCUGCUAAUGCCGUGGAUCAGCAGGGGGCUCCAACGGCAGUCGACAAAGAGAAAA